CCUUUUUAUGCGUAUGAAUGGAACGCAGUAUACUUAAGCAGUUCAUUUAAGGAUUGCCUUUUUUAAAGAAAAAACAUUUUAAAGUAAACCAAAAUGUUAUUAAAAGUUAUUCCAAUAUACUUUUUUGUUAUAGCCAGUGUUGUACCGACGAACUUGGCAGCAAGAACGUCACGACUGAUGACACGGGUUGAUGCCCUGGACAAAAAACUUGCUCUUCUGGAAGACAAAGUGCGACAAGAAUCGGAAUACCACCGAGAGGAUAUGUUUGACAUACAAACACAGUUUGAUGAAAUUAAAGCUGGGAAUGCAAGUGGAAUGAAACCUAUUGAGGCCGAUUUGAUGGACAAGGCAGGGGAGGAACUUACGGAAUCUGAUGUUGUUGCUCUGCUUAAAGAGGUUUUAGGUUGGCAGGUAGCUGUCGCUAAAGCAUUUCAAUCUGAAAAGAAAUUAAAUGGGGAACUGAGAAAUGAAAUUGAUAUACUCCAUCAGAAUCUGGAAAAUGUAAAAACUUCAGUGGAACUAUUAGUUGAUGCAAAUAAAGAAAUUCAAACGGAAUUGACAGAGCAGACAGACGUUAUGAAAAAUGAAAUCGAUGUUCUAAAACACUCAAUAAAAUCUACCGUCGACGUACAGAAAUCAGUCGUACAAAAUAACCUGACUAAUGUGCAAAAAACGCUUAAAGAGUUAGAAGACAAUAUGGUGAAAGCAGGAGAACUGUACAACGAGUUGAACGAAACAGUUCUUGACAACAAACGGUAUUUAGAAUAUCUUAUUGAAACUGACUUUAAGAGUAAAAAGAAAGAGAACAAAACCGAAGUUAAGAAACUAAAAUCGUGUAACGAAGCUUUGGCGAGUGGAGUUUCAACAAUAUACCCAUCAUCGUUUCCAAAUGGCAUUCCUGUGUACUGCGAAAAGAUGGCUGACACUGAGAAGUCCUAUCUGGUAUUUCAUCGCAGGCAAGAUGGAUCAGUCAAUUUUCAACGGAACUACUCAGAUUUCGUAUCAGGAUUUGGUGAACGAGAUGGGGAGUUUUGGCUUGGGUUGGAAACACUCCACAAACUGACAACAAGUGAGGAUUAUAGCUUAAGAGUGAAUCUUAUGGACUUCGAAGGAAACAAGGCUUAUGCGGAGUAUUCAACCUUCAACAUCGGUUCGGAAGAUUCCGGAUACAAACUGUCACUUGGAAAGUAUUCCGGUACAGCAGGAAACUCAAUGGAUGACAACAACGGAAGUCCAUUCACCGGUCCAGAUAACGCGAGCAAGCGCUGUGCAAAUUGGGGGUCUAGCUGGUGGUUUAAUAGCUGUUCGUACUCCAAUCUCAAUGGUUACUAUUUUCAUGAUCCCCAAAAGGCUCCUCCAAACCUUUCCAUUUGGCAAGGUGUUCGCUGGGAUGGCUUUAAGUCAUGGCGAUAUUCACUAAAAUUUGCUGAGAUGAAAAUUCGUUUGAAAUAGCAAAAGCAAGUUAAUACUAAUAAUUGAAAUGUGUGGAAAACUGUUAUGUAUGAGCAUACUGUUACGUUUAAAGUGACACUCUUAUUCAAAAUCAAUACAUACGCAUGUUAAACAAAGAUACAUUUUGACAAACCUUUAACUACUAGCUAAAUAAUGCAUUUAUGGAAAAUAUUACAUACUGAUAACAAGAUUUUAACGGUGUAUUUAACAGCUUAAAACUCAAAAAUAUUAAAUGAUAGAUGAAUGCUAAAAAAUUUACUUUGAUCUACUAUUGUCUCAUAAGGUCGACAUACCAUGUUUUUUUCUGCACGUACGUUUCUUUCAAAUUAAACUCGGUAUCCUUCACAAGAAUCAUUGAUUUCGACAUGUAUUCAUCUUUUUUGGUAUAUCAAACCAUUUGUAUUAAUUGUGGUUAAUUUUAUUUGGGAGUAAGAAUACAUCUUUAAUGUG